AUGGUUUUUCCUAUCUCUGAGAAAAUUCAAACCCUCCCGAGAACUUAUAAGGAGGACCAAGGAUAUCAAGCAGAUGAUUCCGAGCCAUGCGAGCGAUCCCAGAACGCUAAAAUUGGUGUCACGGGAAGAGGUGGUCUCCUUAAAGGAAGAAAGAAGCUGGAGGCUCUCAUCUGCCUCAUCGACUUCCGCUCCAUUCCUCUGCUCCCAGAUACGGACUGA